AAGAAAGAGAACCGUUUAGUUUGAAGAUCUAAAACCGAAUGGUCCGGUUUGAUUUUUCGGUUUCGGAUUUUGUCUAGCACUACUAGAGAGAAACAACGGCGGGUACUAGCGCCAAAUCAUGAUUCGUGGUUCCGGUCAAAGUCCCGGCGAAGCAGCCAUGGCUGAUUCUCAGUCCGGUUCCAAUGUUUUCAGCUUAAGGAUUGUUUCAAUAGAUUAUUACAUGGCUUCUCCUAUCCCUGGUUAUGAUAUUUGCUACAGUAGCUUCCAAGGUGGUGAGGUAAACGAAGUCCCUGUUAUAAGGAUAUAUGGCUCUACACCUGCUGGUCAGAAGACUUGCCUGCACAUUCAUCGUGCUUUACCAUAUCUCUAUAUUCCAUGCUCGGAGAUUCCACUUGAGCAUCAUAAAGGAGCUGAUGGAAGUACACUUGCUUUAUCCCUUGAGUUAGAGAAGGCUCUAAAGCUUAAGGGCAAUGCUGCUUCAAAAAGGCAACAUGUCCAUGAUUGUGAGAUUGUUAGAGCAAAGAAGUUUUAUGGGUACCACUCAACUGAGGAGGCUUUUGUGAAGAUUUAUCUCUACCAUCCACCCGAUGUGGCUCGUGCUGCCAGUCUUCUUCUGGCAGGUGCUGUUCUUGGUAAAAGUUUGCAGCCUUACGAGUCUCAUAUUCCUUUUAUUCUCCAGUUUCUGGUUGAUUAUAAUUUGUAUGGAAUGUGUCAUGUGCAUAUAUCAAAGAUGAAGUUCCGUAGCCCAGUUCCUCACCAUUUCCUUCCAAGGAGAUUUGAUUUGGAAGAUUGUGCGGGACAAAGGAUUGACGAAGUGGCUAUAACAAAGCAGGCAAAUUCAAGUGCUGCUGCAAGCGUCAGUUUUCCUAUUUGGAGCUUGUCAACAAUCCCAGGUCAAUGGAUGUGGAAUAUCUCAGAAGAAUCUGAUACACCGUUGAGCCAGAGCCAGCAUAGGCACUAUUACAGACGUCAGAGUCUCUGUGAACUUGAGGGAGAUGCUACUAUUACUGAUAUUCUCAAUCAACAGUUUAAAAUGUACAACUCCCUUUCACAAGCCCAGUCUGAUACUAACAUGGUUCAGUCGCUUGUGGCAAUUUGGGAGGAGGAAUAUGAAAGGACUGGCGUGCAUGAUGCACCUAUACCUCCUGAUCCUGGCAAACCAUCUGCAGCAGAUGUGUUGAAGACUAUGUCAGAUUAUGUUGGGUUUGAGAAUAUGCUUAAAGAAAUGCAUAACGAAGUUGACUUGUCUCAGUCUGAUAUGAAGCCUACUGCAGUAUCUUCAGCCGGUCCAGAUAGGCAUGCCAAACCUGAAAUUAGUGAUCUGCAGGUUUUGAAUCAUAUGGUUGGUACAAGCAGUAAGUUUCCUGCAUCAGAACAGCUUUCUCCACUUGGUGAGAGGAAUGGAGAAGCAUCAAUGGAAAAUGAUGAAUAUAUGAAAACACCCAUGGACAGAGAUACACCUGCUGAAAUACAAGAUGCUGAAGCCUUGGGUCUCUUUAAGUGGUUUGCCUCAUCCCAGGCUGCAGAGGACAUAAACUCUGAUGAUGAAAUUCUCCGGGAAACUAUCCUUAGUCCUCUUUUGCCUUUAGCUUCCAUUAACAAGGUUCUUGAAAUGGCUAGUACAGAUUAUGUGAGCCAAUCCCAAAAGGAAUGUCAAGACAUUCUUGAUUCUCAGGAAGAUCUACCAGACUUCGGGAGUUCAACAAAGAGAGCUUUACCUAGUAAUCCUGAUAGCCAGAAUCUUAUAACUUCAUCGGACAAACAAUCUCUUGAAACAGAAGUCGCUAGUGAUGUUCCAGAUAUCUCCACUUCAAAUGGCGCAAGCGAAAAUUCAUUCCAGAGAUACAGAAAGAGUGAAGUAAUGGAGAAUAAGAACAGGAGCUACUCUAAGAGCAACAAGCCUAGCAACUCAGUAUGGGGACCUUUACUUUUUACACUGACCAAAAAUCUUCAGAAUGACUUUGACAGUACAAAUACUAGUGAUAAACUUGGUUUAACAAAGAUUAAUUCAGACCACCCCAUGAAUGAGACGACAGACAAAUAUAAUGUUCCAGUCAAAGAACAUCAAGCAGAUGUUUGUAAUUCGAUUGACAAAAACGUUUUGGCUGGAUGUUCUCUGCGGGACUUGAUGAGGAAAAAACGGUUAUGCCAUGGAGACUCGCCUGUUUCACAACAUAUGAAAUUUAGAAAGGUUCUACCACAGUCUAGAGAUUCACCACACGGGGAAAAAAAGCAGUGCACCUUGAGAUCUGAGGCUGAAAAACAAGGUCCUGCUCUUUCUGCAGAAUUUAGUGAAGUUGAUUAUGGCGAUGCUCCUUCAACUUUAUCUCCUAUAGAUGAUGGAACUUGUGAGUGUAAUAUAUCCACUCAGAUGACUGAACUUCAUUCCGUUGGUAGAUGUUCGGCUAAAGAGACGGCAUUUCAAAACAGUGAUGAAGUUGUAAGGAAUUUUUCAUUUACCACUGUUUCACUUGGUAAGGAUCCACAAACUGUGGAAUCAGGAACAUUAGUGUCUAGCAAUAAACUUCUUGGGAUUGAAAUAGAUGAUGUCCAAAAAUCGGGGAGGGAGCAAGAGUCAACUGCCAAUGAAAUUGUUGAGACAGGAAGAUUAAUAUGCCUAACCUUAAGCAAGAAGCCUCCUUCUGUGGAUUGCCUAAGUUCUGGACUGCACGAUUCUGGACAUUCUCACGAUAUUCUCGCCCAAUUUCAUCAUGCCAGGGAAAAACAGCAUGAUGGAUGUGAGGGGAAUUCCAAGGACAUCCCAUUUUUUCCCUUGGAGGACACCGGAAUCAACAAGGAUGGAAAUAAACACUUUUUCCAAGGAGCUUCCCUUGGUAUUCCCUUGCAUCAUCUCAAUGACGGCUCAAAUCUUUACCUACUGGCCCCUGCCUUGUCACCCCCUUCUGUGGAUUCUGUUUUACAAUGGAUAGCAGAAGACAAAGGUCCAGGAGACUAUAAUAUUGAUUCAGAAAAACAACCAUUAGAAGAUGAUCAUAUUGAUCGUGGGGCAAGUUUCACUGAUCUUGCUUCUGCAUCUAAUGUGGUGUCUGUGUCUGAGCACGUGCAGCAUCAUAAUAACGUUUUUGUGAAUUCAGAAUCAAAUACUUAUACAGAGUCUGAGAUAGAUCUGAAACGUAGAGGAACGUUUCUUAAUCUUAACUCUCAGAUUUCCCAAGAGAUGUCUCAGAUUUCAGGUCCUGAUGGGAAAUCAGGGCCCACUCCCUUAAGUCAAAUGGGAUUCCGAGAUCCUGCGAGCAUGGGGGCUGGGCAACAACUUACAGUGCUGAGUAUAGAGGUUCAUGCAGAGUCUAGAGGGGACCUGCGACCUGAUCCACGAUUUGAUUCUGUCAAUGUCAUAGCUCUCGUCGUGCAGAAUGACGAUAGUUUUGUAGCUGAAGUAUUUGUGCUUUUAGUUAGUCCAGAUAGCAUUGAUCAGAGAAAUGUUGAUGGCCUAUCUGGAUGCAAGUUUUCUGUAUUCCUUGAAGAGAGGCAACUAUUCAGUUAUUUUAUUGAGACUUUGUGUAAAUGGGAUCCAGAUAUUCUUCUGGGAUGGGAUAUACAGGGUGGAUCCAUUGGUUUUCUAGCUGAAAGGGCUGCCCAGCUUGGCAUAAGAUUUCUCAAUAAUAUAUCUAGGACGCCAUCUCCGACCACGAGAAACGAUUCAGAUAAUAAGAGAAAGCUUGGUAAAAAUCUGCUGCCAGAUCCUUUGGUAGCUGAUCCUGCUCAAGUAGAAGAAGUGGUAAUUGAGGAUGAGUGGGGCCGCACACAUGCUAGUGGUGUUCAUGUUGGAGGUAGAAUUGUUCUCAAUGCAUGGCGUUUGAUUCGCGGGGAAGUUAAACUCAACAUGUACACAAUUGAAGCUGUGUCGGAGGCUGUUUUGAGGCAGAAGAUUCCAUCCAUCCCCUAUAAAGUAUUGACAGAAUGGUUUUCAAGUGGUCCUGCGGGGGCAAGAUAUCGAUGCAUAGAAUAUGUGGUUCGCCGAACAAAUUUGAACCUUGAGAUAAUGAGUCAACUUGACAUGAUAAAUCGUACAUCAGAACUUGCUCGUGUUUUUGGCAUAGACUUUUUCUCAGUUCUCUCCCGAGGUUCCCAAUACAGAGUGGAAUCUAUGCUUUUGAGAUUAGCGCACACACAAAAUUAUCUUGCUAUAUCUCCAGGAAACCAACAGGUUGCUUCUCAGCCAGCUAUGGAAUGUGUACCUCUUGUGAUGGAACCAGAAUCUGCCUUCUACGAUGAUCCUGUUAUUGUGUUGGAUUUUCAAUCUCUUUACCCUUCAAUGAUUAUAGCAUAUAAUCUGUGUUUUUCUACGUGUCUUGGAAAACUUGCACAUUUGAAGAUGAACACCCUUGGGGUCAGCUCAUACUCUCUAGACCUUGGUGUUCUUCAGGAUUUAAAUCAAAUCCUGCAGACCCCAAACAGUGUGAUGUAUGUGCCACCAGAGGUGCGCAGAGGAAUUUUACCUAGGCUGCUAGAGGAAAUUCUAUCUACAAGAAUAAUGGUGAAAAAAGCAAUGAAAAAGUUGACUCCUUCAGAAGCAGUUCUUCACCGGAUAUUUAAUGCAAGGCAGCUUGCUUUAAAGCUGAUAGCAAAUGUUACUUAUGGCUAUACUGCUGCUGGCUUCAGUGGUCGAAUGCCUUGUGCAGAGCUGGCAGAUAGUAUUGUCCAGUGUGGUCGUAGCACACUUGAGAAGGCUAUUUCGUUUGUCAAUGCCAAUGAUAGUUGGAACGCUAGAGUUGUAUAUGGUGACACUGAUAGUAUGUUUGUCCUCCUCAAAGGACGAACUGUAAAAGAAGCUUUUGUAGUCGGACAAGAGAUUGCAUCUGCAAUAACUGAAAUGAAUCCACACCCAGUCACUUUAAAGAUGGAGAAAGUCUAUCACCCUUGUUUCCUUCUUACGAAGAAGCGCUAUGUUGGGUACAGUUAUGAAAGUCCCGAUCAGAACGAGCCUAUAUUUGAUGCAAAAGGUAUUGAAACUGUUCGAAGAGACACUUGUGAAGCUGUUUCAAAAACUAUGGAGCAAUCGUUGAGACUCUUUUUUGAGAAGAAGAGCAUCUCUAAGGUUAAGUCGUACUUGUAUAGACAGUGGAAGCGGAUACUAUCAGGGAGAGUGUCUCUACAAGAUUUUGUCUUUGCAAAAGAAGUUCGGUUGGGGACUUAUAGCACAAGAGACUCUUCACUCCUUCCUCCAGCUGCUAUUGUGGCAACCAAAUCAAUGAGAACAGACCCUCGGACAGAGCCACGCUAUGCGGAACGAGUGCCUUAUGUUGUGAUCCAUGGGGAGCCAGGAGCUCGACUUGUUGAUAUGGUGGUGGACCCACUGGUUCUUUUGGACAUUGAUACACCCUACCGAUUGAAUGACUUAUACUACAUCAACAAACAAAUUAUACCGGCUUUGCAAAGGGUAUUUGGACUCCUGGGUGCAGACUUAAACCAGUGGUUUUUGGAGAUGCCCCGUCUCACCAGAAGCUCCCUUGGUCAACGUCCCUUAAGCUCUAAAAACUCACACAAAACGAGAAUUGAUUAUUUUUAUCUCUCGAAACAUUGCAUCUUGUGUGGGGAAGUUGUUCAAGAAUCUGCUCAGCUAUGCAACCGGUGCCUCAAAAAUAAAAGUGCUGCUGAUGCAACCAUUGUUUGGAAGACUUCAAAAUUGGAGAGAGAGAUGCAACACCUAGCCACGAUAUGCAGACACUGUGGUGGGGGAGACUGGGUGGUGCAAUGCGGAGUGAAAUGCAAUUCCCUUGCUUGCUCAGUCUUUUACGAGAGACGGAAAGUUCAGAAAGAGCUUCGUGGCCUCUCCUCCAUUGCUACUGAGAGUGAGCUUUACCCUAAAUGCAUGGCUGAGUGGUUCUAACAUAUUCGGAAAAUCAAUUCAAAAACCAGAUUUUGUGCAAAUUAUGUGGUCGUAAGUUAUGAGUUCAGGUAUUACGGUCUAUCAUCACGUCGAACUUCGAUUGCUUAUGUUUUAUAUGGUUGUGAUCAAAGAGCAUUUUGCCAAGGACGUGUGAAUGUGUGUAUAGAUAGUAGUAGUAUAGUAUAGUACAGUCACUCACCAUUUUUUUCAAUGAGCGUGUACAUAUCUCUGUGUUGUGUAUUAGCAAUCUUGGAAAAAAAAACAAUUAUAGUUUUGUUUAUAA